AACUGCUUUGGCGGAAUAUCAGACCUCAAAAUGCACAACCCGCGACAGUCUUUUAACGACACAAUGUGUUGUUACCCCAACAAACACGCCUGGGUCUCUCAAUUUUAUCGCACAAUGCGCUACAUAUAUAACACGUUUUCACACAAUGAUAAACGGUCGUUUCCACGCCUCCCUAUAAGAAGGGGUACAUUCUCACCCACCAUGCAACAAUUCAAACUACUCAACUACCACCCGCUACCACCGAACCGAUUCUUUGGCUUAGAUCUUACAGAAAAUGUCGUCCUUCGCCAAUAUACUAGGCUCGAAACUCUUCACCUUCCUCGUUGGCAAGCUCAAGCAGCCUGUGGUCGUCCACUCGGCCGCCUUCGCAGAACUGUCGGGGCCUAUGUACCGCCUUAUCAACGGCCAUAUGCUGGAAGCGAAUGAGAACACCGCUCAUAUUCAAAAUAUAAAUCUGCAUGAUUUCAAUCGCGUUGCAGAACUCGCCUACUCUGGGAACUACACAGCUCCGUCAACAGGUGAACCUUCGGAGCUUGACGAGUAUGAUGAAGACGAGAGUGACCAAGAGUCACCCACGUCCGAGAAUCUACUUGAAUACCUAUCGCUGAUCCCCGUGAAAGCGUAUGGUGCUUUGUGGCGACGAGCAACGCAGGUCUCCAUAAGUGUGACCCCAGCGCAGUAUUUCGAACUGGCUUCCAACACACUCUGCGACGCUAGCCAACUCGACACCACGAACUACAAACCUUCGUGGUCGGGAUGCCAGACCCCAGUGCUUCUCGGACACGCGCGCCUCUACGCGUUUGCGAGCAAGUAUCUGAUCGACCCGUUGAAGCCAAUGGCCUUCACCAAACUGGCUCGUACGCUGGAGAACAUGUAUCUCUUCCGGCCGACUCUCACGUCGGUCAUGAAACUUGCAUCCUUCGUGUACGAUAACGACUUUGUUCCUGAUCGUGAGGGCGAUCGAAUCGAUCCCAUCCGUCGACUGGUCGUUAGCUAUGUAGUCAUGCACUACAAGCAUUUCAAGGACUUCGAGGGGCAUCGAGACCUCAUGGAAGAGGACUGCGAGUAUGCGGACGAUGUCCUUGAACACGUUGGCCGCUACUUAGAUCCAGAGUCCCAGUUCGAUCCCACGUACAGGUUCGAGAUGGCGAAGAAUCACGUCGCUAGCUGGCUCUAG